CACAUUACUAUUUCUGUCAAAAGGAGCCAGAGCCACUGGUGACCAAUCGCUAGAGCCUAAAGAGGCACAUUUCCAAAGUUUAACCGAUCCAAAUUUCCCAAAAUUUUCAAGAAUUUCAUUAACUACUACACCUAAGACCUACAAACCAUCCAAUCCCAUUCUACCAUGGCCACAUCAUAUCCUGAAGAAGUGGAGACAGCCAAAUUUCCAGACUCUCCCCGUUUUUUCAGCCCCAACGGGUUGCCGGAUUUGAAGACUUACCAGAUAAUUCGAGAUAACAAACCUGUUCAGUUCAACGGACAGAGUGCCAAUGUCAAUUACAAUCCUUAUACUAUGCCUCAGACGAAGACCAGAGCCAGUUUGCCUUUGGAUUACUACCAUCUUCCCAGCAAGAUAACUAUAACAGAUCUUCCGCCUGAAGGUGGUAUUCCCGUAUUCCAACUAGAUCUGGCCCAAAGCGCAGACCCUAUCAGAUUCGUAGAAAGCGUAGAACAUGUAGCCAAAAGCUAUGGAGCUGUUAAGAUAAAACUUCCAGAACCAGAAGUUCUGAUAAUAAAAAACAACAUCCAGAUCAACCCAGAUCUCUUCUGGUUCCAAACCAACAAACUUUUGAACAAUCCAGGCACAAACGAGUUGACAAGUAGACUUCGUUUCCACCAUGAUUUGAUGAAUUUCCACUCAUCCAAUUCCUCAAUCAGCAUAUCCACUUCCCAAGACAAGAAGAGACAAAGUGUGUCUUUACACAAACUUCCUAUGAUAGACAAGAGACCUCUAGAUUUGUACAAACUCUUCAAGUCUGUCAUUAUCCGUGGUGGAUUCAUCGAGGUGAUUAACAAGAAGUUAUGGGCUCAAAUUGGAAGAGAACUCGGAUACAGAGGAAAGAUCAUGACGAGCUUGAGCAGCUCGUUGAAAUCUCUGUACCAACGGAUAUUGUAUCCAUACGAAAUUUUUCUAACUCAAAGAUCCGUCGAAUACUUUGAUGAUCUUGGUAAGGCACAACCAGUAGAAGAAAGCGAGUUUAAGAAGCGUAAAAUAGAUACCCCUUUGAUAGUUGGAUCAGCUAAGCACUUCAAGCGCUCUCUUAGAUCAAAGUCUCAGAAGGGAUUUCUCAUUAGUUCACCGCAUUUAAUGGACCCAAAACAGCCUAAUACAUUUGUAUUGAAGCCAGAAGAGGGAACCAAGAAGAGAAACAAACGUGCUCCAGACAUCAUCUACUCUCCAAUAUUACCUCAGACUCAACUCAAUUAUCCAUUGAAGGUAAUGCUAGAAAACCAGGCAGUGUAUGAAGACGACAGUUCGCUGAAGUUAAGUAGCAAAUGUGCUUCAACCUAUUCGUUACGCCAGUUUAUGGAAAAAGAUCUCAAAUUCCAAGAGUUUAUCAUCCAGCACAACCGUACCCAGUUUAGCAAAGUAUCUGCUGGAACUUCCAAUAGUUUCUUUCAUUUCUACGAUCAGCCUAAUAAUGCACCUAUUCCAGAUCGUACCAUCAUCAGCUUUGAAAAGUUUGAGCAUUUGUACUGGAAAUAUGUGAGAAAUCAAGGAGUUCACACCAUUCUUGAUGAUGGUCUAGAAUUGGAAAAUGGCGAAAGUCUCCCCCAGUCUGUGAAUGGCUCAGGCUUUGUCAGAAUUGGCGACGACUUGAUCAACUACAAGAAUAGCCUUCACAGUUCGAACGUCAGCACACCAGGCAAGACUGUAAAUUCCACCUACACGAAACAGCUUAACGUUUUGACAUCUACGUAUGGAGUGCCCCCAGAAGAGCCCCAGUUCAACUCUAAGGACUAUAUCAACUACGUGAUUGCGGCAGCGAUGCAUCCCUGGAAUUUGCACAACCUUCCUUUCUUACCCAACUCAUUGUUGGGAUCGUUAUUGGAGUCAGAUUUGAACAAUCAGGAGUUGACAAAUUCGCGAUUGAAUAUCGGCAUGACAUUCAGUACUCAGAAUUGGAGAUGUGAAGAUCAUUUCACACACUUAAUAAACUUUCAGUUCUUUGGGGCCUUCAGAAGAUGGUUUUUCAUUCCUGAACUGGAGUUUGAGAAGUUUGAACAGUUAUUGACGAAGAUAAGUGAAUCUGACAAAAGCAGAGCCAGCAUCAACAAUAACGACUGGAACGUAGAUGAUAUCAGCUCGUAUAUUGGUGACGAAGAGAACGACUAUGAUACCUUAACCAACUCGUUGGAGAACAUGAUAAAUGUCUCCAGGACACCAAGACUCGCACACAAGAGUCCCAAGUUUCAGAAAUUGAUCGACAAGAAGACGCAGUCUAUUAGAUUAAAUCAGGACUACUUGAUUACUCCUGAAUUGUUAAAUGAAAACGGUAUUUUGUUCACGACGACAAUACAAAAACCCGGAGAAAUGAUAGUGAAGCUACCAAAAACGUACUCGUGUACCAUUUCUAUGGGAUUCAAUCUUAGUGAAGAAGUUAAUUUCGCUACUAAGAAUUGGUUAGAUUAUGCUUUAGAAGCUGAAAAAUGGCUUCAAUCCCAAUCAAUUCUUCCAAACUUCCUGACUUUUAAGAUGUUGACGAAUUUGAUUCAGCUUUACGAUUCAGGAAAGAAUGUAGGUUUUAACUCAGAAGUAUACGAAAGGGUGAAUUCUUUGUACGAUGCAUUAUACCAGGAGGAAUUGGAAUUGAGAUCACAGAUCCGGAAGCUUAAGAUAAAGGAAAUAAAUAUCGAUGAAAAACUUUUCAAUGAGAUAGAUUUCCUAGCAGACGACGACCUUUCUUCUACAUUUCCAUCUCGAAUAGUUCUUGUCGAAACGUCAUCAAAGCAGAGACUUAUAUUGUCUUUAAAGGGAUUCUUAAACUAUUACAAUGAAAAGAGCAUUGAUAUUAAUGACUUCACCAUCGAAUUACACAUCUUCUAUACGGAUGAAAAGCUUAAGAAUUUUUCGAGAAUAUUAAAUAACUAUUCGAUCGAUUAUGAAUCAUGGUUAUCUAACUACGAAAGUCUCAUGAAUGAAAAUUCUGACUUAACCUUGAAGACUUACAAGAGUUUAUUGAACGAAGGAGAAAGAAUCCUAUCAGCGAUAACUUCAGCCAAUUGCUUAACCAACGAAGUCCUGGCACAUGAAAACACUCAGAAAUUCAGUAAGUUCAUGAACUACAUUGAAAAUUUGAGGCAGUUCAUAUCCAGCUCCAAUCAGUUCAUUGAAGAGUGCCAGAAUCUUCUCGCAAUCAAACAUCAGCAACGUAUUAGAAACGGAAAUGAUUACCAGAAUGUAAGUGGAUUGAAUGACUUGAUUAGUCUCAUUGAUCGAAUUCCAACGUUGAACUUUACCUGCGCUGAAGUUGACCAAAUUCUUGAGUUCAAGAAUGAGAUUGAAAACUUCGACAAAGCUAGUAGAACUUUGUUGGCAAAGAAAAGUAGAUCUCUUCAAGAGUUUGAUGAUCUCAUUAAUUUGGGAGAAAGUUUUGGUAUCGAGAUUCCAUCUUUGACUUUUAUUACCAGAGUUAGAGAUAGACUAAAAUGGAUAAGAGUAUUUAAGUUGAUUGAAAAGGGUGCCGAUCCUUUUGCAGACAAAAAAGAAGUGUUUACCUUAUCAGACUUGAAAGCGUUUUUCGACGAGGGCAUCAAGAUACUUUCAGAAGAAGAUGCUUCAAUGAUUGAAGAGAUCGAAAAGAUUUUGGCACAGAGUGAAAAAUUUGAUAACGAGAUUACAGAAUUCUUGAAAGUGGAAUUUAUUGAGAACCUCAACUUGGAAAAGUUGACUGGAAUUGUAGAAAGAUUCAGGACGCAAAAGCUAUUCAUUAGUUUAGACAACUAUAACGAAGUUUCUAAAGUGCAUAUUCACUCUAAUUUGAUUACGCAGUUUCAAAAGCUUCAGUCCAGUAGUGAACGAUUCACAUAUGGUGAUGUUCGUCAAAUGCUGAAUUCAAUUAAUGAGUUUGAUUUGAAAUUCAAUCUCUCUAUUGUUGACAGUCAAUUAUCCACUGCUGAAAACUGGGUAAACUCUCUUUGGGAGGAAACCAAAGACAUCAGGGUUAUAACUACUUUGAGCAAGGAUAUUGAUUUGGAACAUCUUAAUACGAGGUUAACGUUGAACACUCGUUUGAUUGAGAAGUUAUAUCAAUUGCUCUACAAAUCAGAUUUCAGCUUUUCAGAUGAAGAUAUUUAUGAGAAUUCAUCUUCAUUUGUCACCAACUUUGCGAAAGAUGACGAUAGCGCUAACAUCAAAUUUUAUUGCAUCUGCCGUGAAUACGAAUAUGGAACAAUGAUAGAGUGUGACAAAUGUAAUGAAUGGUACCAUCUUCAAUGUGUGAACGAGGAAGAAUCUAGUAACGAUUCUGAAGACGAGAAUUAUGUUUGUCCCAUGUGCAAGCUUAUUGAGUCGUCGGAGGUUUUGGAUGAUUUUUUGAAGGCACAGCUUACAUUGGAAAGAAUUUUGUCAAUCAAAAAUGAAGGUGAUCAAUUAAAAGUCUACCCAAGUCAAGAGAUGAUGGCUAUUGAAGAGAUAUACGAAACCGUUCUGGCUCAUAAAAUUAAAUUGCAAAAGAUGAUUUCUGACAUCAAAGAAAAGUCUGACAUUCUGCUUGAGUUGAAACUCGAUCAACUUCGAUUUAUCUUGAGAAAACUCUUUAGUAGUGGAGUUUUUAUCAAAGAUGUUUUUGAGGAAGUUCUAAGUCUUGUUAGAAAAUACACCAGCGAAGUGAACGAGCUUGCACGACUUCAAUCGCAGGCUUCCAUUGACAUUCCAAAGAUUGAGAAUGAUAAGCAGGUGGCUGUAAGUGUAAGUGCAAGUGCAGGUGUUGUAGAGACUGGUGAGGGUGCCGAGAAUUUACUACCAGAAAUUAAAGAGAGCUCACUUUCAUUGCAAGCAGAUGUACCACGCUCUAGUAUUCAUAAUGCGAAUAUUCUUCAAAGAGUUGAUUUCAACGGCAACGAAGAAAGCAUAGAACAGAUAGACCAUGCCAUACUUCCAGAAAUUCAGAAAGGGAACAUUAAUGAACCCAAAGAAAAAGCUCAUUUGGAGCCUAUAGCUACGAGCCAAGAACAGUCGAUUUCGCCUGCAAUCACUGAACCAAAAGGGGAAAUCCCAGCAAUAAAAGUGGAAGUGGGGACCAUUGGGCUAGGUAUCACAACGGAUGCAACAAUAGAAUCAGAAAUAGUUCUUUGUCCAGAACAAACAUCUGUCUCAGAAACUCCAAUAUCCGUGGCUACAGUUACGCAACUAAGACCCACCUUGGAACCGGAGCAGCCUCUUUUGCUGUCGAAGACAGAAUCUGUAACCACAGAAGCAGAAAAGAUAGCCAUCCCCUCGUGAACAGACAGAAUAUAGUUCAGGUAAUGAUAACAUGUCACGAAUAAAAAGAUAG